GUGGCGCUUGAUAGCGAUCCGUACACGCUUCUAUCGCCAGUUAGGAUUCGAUCUCUUUGGGGAGUUUUGAGAAGCUUGAGCGGGGACGAGCAAACAGACCUCGCCUUGGAUUUUGCAACACGACAAACCCUGAUCCGCCCAGGCGCGAUUGCUCGACAUUCGCGAUGCGGCUCUCUCUUGUGCUUCUGGCGGCGUCAGGCCCCAUUGGGAGCGCAGCGGACUGGUCUAUGGGACGGGAACUCGAGGGCCGGGGAGGACACUUAAUACACGCGAGGCAAACUCGAGCAUCGAGGCCAGACGGCGCGACAGGAUGGACACCGAAACCGACUGAACCUCCUAUCGCGGCGGAAAUGAAUCCCUUAGAGCUGGCCAGGAGAAGGAACGAGUGGAUCAGGGCGAAGCGCCAGACGUCCGAGAACACCUGGAUCGAUGACCAUACCUGCGGAUGGCGUGCAGGAACACCAUCGGCGGCAUUCAUAUGCCCGUCAUCAGCCACCUGCGCGACCAACAGCGAUCAGGUUGUCGCUUGCGACACAAACGGCGCGUCAACAAAUUUCUUUACUGUCUGCUUCGACUACCAAGCCUCCCUGAAUGGUUACUGCGAGAGCAUGGGCCCAAAGACGGGUUGCUGCAUGACAUCGUCCAUUGGAGCUUGCAUCACUUAUAUCUGGCCUGAGAUGUCUGGAACGUCGGCGCGGUCGAUGUUCCGAUGCUCUACGGCCCAGUCGAUUAUCACCAUGCUGAGUGAGCCUCAGUUUGUGCUCGACGGGAGGACUAAGUCGACCUCUACCACAUCUACUACAUCUUCAACAGCCAGCGUUCCCGACGACCCGUCCGCCACAGCCCCCACGAUCACGCCGGUUCCCAGCGAUAGCGGUACCAAUGUGGGCGCCAUUGUCGGCGGCGUUGUCGGUGGUGUGGCUGGUAUCGCGCUCAUUGCCGGUGCAAUCGCCUUCUUCCUCCUCCGCUCACGUAAGAAGGACCCAAAAGCAGGAAGCCCUCAUUACAGCGCUGUCGCGCCCGCCGAUACCUCUUAUCCAGGCCCGGGCGGCAUGACACAGCAGACUGGCUACAACCCGGCAGGCUCUCCGGCGCUCUCGCAAGCCGGCUACUUCAGCCCAUCCAUGAUGACAGCCCCAGUCAACAGCACCACGCCCCCAGCGCCAGGUGCCUACGAUCCGCAACAAGGGUACUAUGCACCAAAUGAGGCGGCAAUAAAGUACGCGCCGCAUCCCAGUCAUACACCGCCGAGUGCCGGAUAUGCUCCUUAUCCCGGGGCGUCCCCGCCUCCCGGAAAUCCAUAUCCCCCCUCGCACCAGCACAUGUCGGAACUGGACACAAAUGCGGUAUCCGGGGCGCAAGGCAACCCGGCCGAGAUGGCGGCCGAUUCGGCUGUGCAAAGGUGAUCUCUGAUGCUGAUUCCGACUGUAACGCCAGCACGAGACCUCAAUGCCGAGCCACAACGACCAGACAGUACCCUGGUGGCUGGUCCAAGGAUCAUAAUGUCUUGUUUCCUUUCAACGCUUCCUUUUAUUUCGCUUCUUAUCUCGUCUAGCCCAAGCGACAGAUAUUUUAUGUAUCCUCUAGCGAUAUUUUUUUUUUUGGGUAACGCAGCGAACAUGAUCCUCAUGCCAUUACAACUCGGUAUCGUGUGCGUGGACAGCGGCAUCCGCAUCGCG